AUGGCUUCGGCCGCUCCUAUUCCAUCACUCACAAUCAGUUCGGAUAUUCCUUCCUUAGGUCAGAUUCAGUCUGUCACGCAGCAAAAAUUUGGAGUCAGACCGUGUUUAUGGCAAGUGAAGGUCGCACAAGCGCUGCUAAAAGGGGACCAUGAUGUGCUCUGUACUGCAGGCACAGGAAUGGGCAAGACACUUGGAUUCUGGAUACCAUUGUUAUUCCGGCAGGGCAUACAAAUUGUCAUCACACCUUUGAAUAUGCUUGGGAAGCAGAAUGCCGCGUCACUUGCCAAGGCAGGCAUACGAGCUAUCUCGAUAAGCAGCGAGACUGCGACUACUGCAAACUUCGCUGCAAUUCGUGCACUCCAGUACCAAGCGGUUCCUGUUAGCCCUGAACAGAUUAUGAAGCCGAAUGGAGAGUUUGAAAGGUUACUAAAGGAUGACUUGUUCAGCUCUCGCAUUAUCAGUAUCAUCAUUGACGAGGCACACUGUCUUACCGAUUGGGGAGAAUUUCGGCCAGAGUACAAGGAGCUUGGACGUCUCCGCUAUAUCUUGCCUCCAGCAGUCCCUAUCAUGAUUACAUCCGCAACACUCACCAAACACGCACUCUCUAAUGCGGUACGCCUCCUUCACAUGCGGGCUGACAAGUUGACGACUAUCCGGUGUUCUACGGAUAGACCGAAUAUUAAGCUUGGAGUCAAAAAAAUAAUUCACGCACUUCACAGCUACGCUGAUCUAGCGUUCUUGAUACCGGCUGGGUGGAAACGAGGCGAUCAACCACCCCCUAAAUUCCUCAUUUUCUUCGACGACAUACAGGAUGCCAUCAAUGCUGCUCGUUCGCUUCGCAAGCGUCUGCCUUCUGAGUUCCGCGACAAAAUUAAAUGGUUCAAUUCAGACAUGUCGAGUACUUACAAGGAUGCCAAGCUUGGGAACAUUGUAUCGGGAGAAACAUGGGGGUUCUGUACAACCGACUCCUUCGGAAUGGGUAUGGAUGUUCCGGAUAUCAAGAUCGUCAUCCAAUGGCGGGCAACGUGCCACCUUGCCACGUUAUGGCAACGGUUGCUCUUCGCUGAGAAAGAGCACUUUGAUGACGAGCGGGAGGCUCGGGCCAUCAGAAAAACACAACGUGAGAACACUCGCAAACGCAAAGCAGCAGACUUACUGGAGGCACGAAACAAUAAGCGUCGCACAGUUGCUCUCUCAGAAGUACCCGCCAAUGUCCCCCCAUCAGCUCCGUCCUCUCGAGUCGUCAAUGACAAAGAUUACGAUAUCGAGCUUGAUGACACUAAUAUACAAAGCGUGAAUAGUUUGCAGGAAUUGAAGGAUGUAAUGGCAAACGCUCACCAUGUAACCAGAGCUGAAAAGAGGAAGAAGAGGGAAUUGGAUCCCGGCGUGGAUUACCUUAUUAAUGCCGAUAAACGUACAGGAUUGACGUGUAGAAGGAAGGUCUUUAAUGUGUGCUUUGAUAAUGAAGCGGCUGACUUUGACCACCUCGAUUGUGACCCAGACCAUAUCUUAGGCUGCUCACGCUGCAUGGUUUCACAGCCCAUGGUUUGUUGCGACAUUCACCAUCCUGACCACUUUUCUACCUACUCCUCCCCAACUGAUGAACUCUCUGCCACAACCCGGCGUUCCCGCGUUCCCAAGUACAAACAAGAAGUGUCUGACCUUGCGCUGUUGGACGCCCUUUAUGAUUGGCGUGAGGAGAAGACCAUAUCAACAUACAGCUGGGCUCAUCUCAGUGACCUCGGCCCUUCCGUUGUCCUACCCAACUCCAUGCUAGAUCGCAUCGUUGACUGCGCGCAUCAUCGCAAAAUUCACAGCAUGCUUGAGCUGAAGAAGGAGAUAGGGUGGACGGAUGCGGAUAGGUUUGGAAACGAGGUCGUAUUACUUAUUCAAACGCUUGCACCACCUGGUGCAAGCCCUUUUGCUAUGACUCCUCUAAGCCGCACACCCAGCGCUACCAACACCAAUGUUCCUCCUCCAACACCAUCCACGCCAUCUCCUUGUCUUGCUACAACUUCCAAUGCUCCCAAGCGCAAGAACAAAUGUAGCGCCUGCGGUCAAGAGGGCCACAAUGCGCGCAAUCGUGUUUGUCCAAGCCACCCGUCUCAUGCUGGACCGAACAAAGAAAAUAACAAUGCGUCUCGCUUAAUAAACCAGCUCGACUAA